UGUCAAGUUUGUCACAUUUGACAAUUUUUUUAAUGGAGGUGUUAUGUCACAUCUCCCAAUCGAUUUUUAAUGUUAUGAAUUGAAAGAGCCUUCAAAGAAGAUGGCGACCUUAAUUAGAACUACAAUCGUGAAGGCGAUUCCAGCCCAAGGUGGUAAAAUAGCUGGCUGUGUGGUGGUCCAGAACAGGAGUAUCAUGGGGAAAGCGUUUCGCAGCAGCCUCCCGCCCCCUCCACCUAAGCCAGCGCCCUUCGAUUACGUGAAUAAGGACUACACUUGGUUACGUAGUUUGACCGACAGAACGACACACAGGUUCGACGAAAACUCCAAAGUGGUGGUGGUGGAAGGACCUGUAGCGGCUGGAAAGACGCAGUUCGCGGCUGCUCUCGCUGAGGAUCUGGGUAUGAAGCACUUUCCCGAAGCGAAUAUGGAUAUUCACUAUAAACGGCCAAAUGGUAUAGAUUUACGGCAAUUUGAUAAAGACAUACCAGAAGACACCAGGACUUUCGACCAUGUGAACUUUAACCGCACCCCUAACCACCGCCUUGCUGGAAACUUCCAAAUCAUGAUGUUCAUGGCAAGAUAUGGCCAGUACAUUGAUGCAUUGGCACAUCUUCUAAACACCGGUCAAGGAGUGGUAUUAGAAAGGUCUCCAUACUCAGACUUUGUGUUCUUAGAAGCCAUGUUCUCACAGAAGUACAUUAGUAAAGGUGUCAGGUCAGUGUACUAUGAGCUAAGGGGUCAGACAAUUGAAGACUUGAUGCGACCCCACCUUGUUAUCUAUCUUGAUUUGCCUGUUAAUAAGGUGCAAGAAGCAAUCAAAGCCCGCAAGAAUGACUAUGAAAGUGGGGGCAAGGCCCUGACUGAACCAUUCCUCACUGAGAUGGAGCGCCAAUACAAGCACAAGUAUCUUAGAGACAUUUCUACUCAUGCAGAGCUACUUGUAUAUGACUGGACUGGCGGUGGUGAAGUUGAAGUGGUUGUAGAAGACAUUGAACGUCUCAACUUUGACCAGUACACUGAACGUGAGGAACCUAAGAUGAAAGACUGGCGUCUCCCGCGCGAGGUGAUGUGGGCGGACCAGCGGAGCCUGUACACCAAUAGCAAACAUUACCUGAUGAACCUGUUUAACAUCCCGCGAACGGACGUGCCCGAGCUCAUCACUGAUGCGGAUGAUGGUUAUGCCAGGGAUAAGCUUAUCGAGGACCAUCCUUCCUUCAAAUUCGUGGAGGGUUACGGGCCUAACGAAGGCUCCACACUCUUAAAGAACAAACUGCCCAAGUAUACCGAAUAUAUUUAAAUCUGAGAACGUAGCGUAGAUUGUUGUCUAUUAAAUAAAUUAUAUGAAAAGUU